GGCCCGGCGGCCAUGGCGGCCAUGGCGGUCGUGGUGCCCGAUUACGAGUUGGCCGAGCUGUAUACGCGCGCGUUCCGCGUGGGCGCCCUGGGCCUCGGCUGGCGGCGGCUGCUGGGGCCGCCCGACCUCUCGCUGGCGGCGGAGGCGGAAGAGGAGGAGGAGGAGGACGCGGCCGCGGCGGCGGCGCUGGGUUGCGCGCCGGGCACGGCGGCCGAGGUGCGCGCCGUCUGCAGCAUUGAUAUGUUAAUGUCUUCUGAGAAAGAAGAGGACCCAGAUGUUAUUCCUGAAGAUAGCAGUCUGCUCACUCUUCGAAUUCGGAAGAAGGCCUUAGAGAGGAGAGAAGAAACAAUUAUUGUGGAUCGGGCUUGCAGACAAGAAACUCUUACUUAUGAGAUGGAGUCACAUGCAACUGGAAAGAGGCCAGAUGAUCCAACAGAUCUAAUUGAGGAGGGAGAACUACUUUUAACUCUGAACAUCUUUUAUCCUCUUAUAUUUCAGAAGCAUAAAGAUCACAAACCCUUCCAAACAGUCCUUGUACUGGGCAGCCAGAAGCUCACUGAACUGAGAGACUCGAUUUCCUGUGUCAGUGACCUCCAGAUAGGUGGUGAGUUCAGCAGUCAGCCAGAUCAAGCACCAGAGCACAUCAGCAAGGAUCUCUACAAAUCUGCCUUCUUCUAUUUUGAAGGCAUCUUUUAUAAUGAUAAAAGAUACCCGGAGUGCAGAGAUCUGAGCAGAACAAUUAUAGAGUGGUCAGAAUCUCAUGAUAGAGGCUAUGAAAAUCUUCAGUCUGUCAAGAUGGAGGACUAUGUAUUUAAUGAUUUAUCCCUCAAAAUUGGCUUUCCAUACCUUUACUGUCACCAAGGGAACUGUGAACACAUCAUUAUAAUCACAGAUAUAAGGCUUAUUCAUCAUGAUGACUGUCUGGAUAGGAAUCUGUAUCCCUUGCUGGUCAAGAAACAUUGGCUAUGUACCAGAAAAUGUUUUGUGUGCAAGAUGUAUACAGCAAGGUGGGUAACCAACAGAGACAGUCUGGCACCAGAGGAUCCUUGUUUCUUCUGUGAUGUUUGUUUUCGGAUGCUCCAUUAUGAUGCAGAAGGCAAUAAACUGGGAGAGUUUCUUGCAUAUCCUUAUGUUGAUCCUGGGAUUUUCAACUGAAACUGACAUGUG